UACGAGGAAAUCCCCAAGGCCGAGAAAACGACGAGAGGCCCCUUUAAAUCGACGCUUCCUCGGUGUUGUGCCAAGAGCGAGCGAGAGAGAGAGAGCUCUGAUAAACAACAACACUGUUCCCAGAAGCCGCUUUUACCGGAUUCAGCUCUUUACUGCGGCCUCGGUGAAGAAGAGGUGAGGCGACGAGGACUUUCCCUCUGUUCUUUCCAACAUUUUGUCGUCUGUUGUUCAUACAUUCGUUGUUGAAUGCCAUUGCGGAAGUGAGAAGCCUUUCGACGCGACACAAAGCCUGGGCUGUGCGGACAUCUAGUGGCCAAUCGGGAGAAGGCGCCUCACCAGCGAUGUACGGAGCUUCAGGUAUCCCAGAGCUCAUCCCGUCCAGCGGGCCGCCCCGGCAGCCGGGUCCGGCGGGGCAGUACAACCCGGGACACCCCCAGGUCAACGGCGACGGCGGUGGGGCCAACCCUCAGAGACUCGGGCAGAGGGCACCCAAGCUGGGCCAGAUAGGUCGGACCAAGAAAGUGGACUUGGAAGAUGAAGACUUGGAUGACAUCAUGAACAACAACGGGCAGUGUCCUGUAUCCCUGUCUCCCAUCUCCUAAACUUCACCAAGAAGUGCCAAAAGAAGAAAAUCACCCGGGAUGCCAAACUUCCCCGUCAGUGAUCUUGGCCUUGAGCCCGUCAAGUGUCCUACUGAAGCUUCUGAUGGCUCAACAAGGCACAAAAAGUGGCUCAUUUAGCGCCAGCUGAAGCCUAGGCACUGAUUGUACAUAGUUCUUAUUUAACUUACUUUUGGUCAGACUGUGAAUGAAUUGUAUUGCAUCGCCCUCUACUCUAUACCUCGGUUGGCAGUAGACUAUCAGGACUUGAGAAAGAUUUGGUGAAAGUGUCUAUAUUUUUCAAAGCUUCUUAACAAGGGCUACGUUUCUAAAGUUGCACUGAGCAGAUCGAUAGAUGGGAAGCAGCCUCUCACCUGCCUGUUUUCUGGUGAGGGUUUCUUGUUUCUUCAUCGGUGGUUGUGUGAGGGAACACAAGCCUGGGAAUGUGUAUCACACAGGUGAAAUGUUAAGCUUUGGUUGUGCAAUGACUAUCAUUCUCUAUUCUCACACUGAUGCAAGUGGUGUACUAAUUUUCAGUGGAUGAAAGCUCGCUAUUUACAGGAAAAAAAACUACUGCUAAUUAUUUAUUGUUUCAGAAAUGGGAAGAAACACAUUGUUGUGUUGUUAUGGCUUCUACAUGUUUUUUACUUGUUUCCGAAUGGAAAUUGCUUCAGUGAUCUAAAACUGACUUUUACUAUUAUUUCCAAAUGGUGCACUUUGUGGGAAUGCCUGUUAUGUGCAGUGACAUGUUGCAGAAUUCUAUGCAUGGAGUCUGUUAAAGCAUCAAAACACGUAACUGGUAUCCUGUAACUAAGGGCUAAGUAGUAGUAUUUCAGAUCACACCGCCGUUAUGCUCCUUAGAUUGUGCAGUCAACAUUUUCCUAAGCUCAUUGUUGGCUUUAGCUGCAGACUCAGCAGUAAAAUAUCAUAAACAACAACAGAUUUAUGGAGGCUUUGUUUGUUUUCGGUGGCAGGAUUUUCCAGUUGGCCAGACAACUGUGAGUUCUAAAUGUUUUGAAGAAAUUGCCAAAUGAUAUUAGAUGUUUAAUCAGAAUGAUCAUUAAAAUGGACUCUGAUUGGCACACGUUAUAAUGAACAACACUUACUUUGUAUUUAAUAUUAUUAUUUGGUUUUACAGCAGUAAUCUGCUUCAUAGUUGCUACACCCAGAUGGCGUCACAAUGUCUUUCAGGUUCAGGUGAACUAUUUAAAGAUUAUGCCAACCUUUAGUUAGCAAUUACAGUAUGAGAUAAUGAAAACAAGCAGCCCGUGAUUAGCUGUCACUGCUGAGACAAUCUUAACACUGAUGUCUUCUUUGGGUCAUUUGGGUUAUUUAAAGAUUGCAGUGGACCUUGAAAUGACAUAUUAUUGUCUGUGAAGGCUCAUGCUGAUGUCAUGUUACUUAGUCCAUUGUGAAAUUGUUGCUGGUUCACUUUAACUUUUUUUUGUGUCAUGGAAGCUUUGCAUUUCACAGCUCAUUCUCUGACUCAAAGAUUGCUGUUUGGGUUGUGGUUACCAUUUGCAUGGGAACGGUUGACUUUUCGUAAUGCAUCUCGGGAAAUAAAAGAUGAAUCUUUGUGGA